GCUGACGGUACACCAAAAAACAGAAACGUGACCUGCUACAAGAAGCUUUUGCCGAAGCCCGUCUCUUGAAUUAAGCUACUUAUAACGCUGAUAUAAUACAACCAAAUAAGUAUCCGUGUUUAUGAAUGGCUUUAUUUUAGCUAUCGAAGAUGGUGGUUAAACUUCAGAUAAGUUUGGAACGGAUUCAGCUCGUAAAACUCUGCUUAGUAGACGGUUCCUGCCGGUUCGCUAGCUAGCUAGCGUUAGCUUUUAGAAUGGGCAACUGAACGCAGACCGAGGAGGCAAAAAUAUCAACGUACAAUGACUGAAUCCCGAAAGUGCAGCCCCUCGAUAAUGUGGCGGGAAACGAGAGCUUCGUGAGUGCCUUUUUGCUACCUCGGGACCGCGUCGACCCGGUUUACCGUUAACGUUACACGAUGAAGAACUGCGAGUACCAGCAGAUAGACCCCAGGGCGCUGUCAGUGUCGCCCUCGUCCGCAAAGAACCACACCGAGAGGAAAGUGCAGCGUUCGCGGAGGAAAUGGGAAGUUUUCCCUGGAAAGAACAGGUUUUUCUGCGACGGAAGGAUCAUCCUGGCCCAACAGAGCGGAAUCCUUCCCGUGACACUGGGCCUUAUUGUUGUCACUUGUGGCCUUUUCUUUGCGUUCGAUUGCCCUUUCCUCGUAGAACACCUGACCGUCUUUAUUCCUGUGAUCGGUGGGGUUCUUUCCUUGUUUGUGGUCACCUCCCUGCUGAGAACCAGCUUUACAGACCCAGGCAUCUUACCCAGGGCUACCCCAGACGAAGCAGCAGACCUAGAGAAGCAGAUCGAUACCUCAGGAUCCUCCACGUAUCGCCCCCCUCCUCGAACCAAGGAGAUUCUCAUCAACCAGCAGGUGGUAAAGCUCAAAUACUGCUUCACUUGUAAAAUGUUCCGCCCCCCUCGGACGUCCCACUGCAGCCUCUGUGACAACUGUGUGGAACGAUUUGAUCACCACUGCCCGUGGGUGGGAAACUGUGUGGGAAAACGCAACUACCGUUAUUUCUAUAGCUUCAUCAUCUCUCUGUCGUUUCUGACAUCGUUCAUAUUUGGCUGUGUCGUCACACACAUCACGCUGCGUUCUCAAGAAGGUAAAAGCCUUAUUCAAGCCAUUCAAGAAAGCCCUGCCAGUGUGGUGGAGUUGGUGAUUUGUUUCUUCUCCAUCUGGUCCAUUCUGGGCCUCUCAGGCUUCCAUACCUACUUGGUAGCCUCCAACCUCACAACAAAUGAAGAUAUAAAGAGUUCUUGGUCAAGUAAACGGUGUACAGAGGAGUCCGGGAACCCGUACAGUUACAACAAUAUCAUAACCAACUGCUGUGUGACGUUAUGUGGACCGAUGCCCCCAAGUCUGAUUGACAGACGCGGUUUCCUUCCUCUUGUUGAGGCAUCCCCUGCUACAGAGAUGGAGCUGCCUCCCUUCCCGGUCAAGAACGACACAAACAUGUGCACUAAGGGCACCAAGGAUGUGCUGGAGAGGAUGGUUCGCUCACUUGACUCCCAUGGCCUGUGCCCUCCCGGAGCUCCAAAGACGACCCCUGUGGCCGUAGAGGUUUCCGGCGCGGCGACGCCCCCUGCGGAGCGCUCCCGACAACACACCCGCCGGCCCGUGGCGGCUCCUUGCCCCCCGUUCAGCAGAGGCGGCGAGAGGAGGGACUCUUUUCACUCCAGCAACCCGGCCUUCCGCCUGGCUUCGCCCUCCCCGUCGCUGAGCCGCACCACCUUUAUUCUGGGAGAGGCGCCUGACAUCGGCUUCGUCCCGCUACCCUGAACGAGGAGGAGACACUCGAUGCUGCUCGGGCACCAUGUGGGUCUUUUGGCUUUUGCAUAAUGGUGGUCAUGCUGUGAGUUGUACCUGGGUUUGUCUUUUUUUUCUUUCUUUUUUUUGUAUCACCAAUGUCGUACUAAACUAUACGCGUCCUUCGCAAUGAAGGGAAAUCUUAGUAACACGUUGAAGCAAUAAUAUAUUUUAUUAAGACACCCAGAACAUGCCUCCACACCUUCUGCUGAAGCUCAAGCCGUAUGUCACAGCCACAGGGUUUGAGUUCUUUCUAAUAUUUUAUGCAAACAGGUCUUUGAAUGCUAAGACAUACAGAAACACACACGUUUCGAUGUACUGAACUGGGGUGCACUCAACAGUGAGCCGUUUCAGGGUUAUCAACUCCAACGUUGGCCUUACGACAUAUCCCAUCAUUUCUUGUCAUUUUCACCUACUCAUCCAAAAUCAUCCGGUGGAAGCAGCUUGACAGGAUUCAGAUUAAUGAGCAAUCAGUUUGAAGAGGGAGCGCAGGGUGCCGUUUUUAUUACAUUUGUACAGUUAGCAUUUCAAGGUGUUGCUCUGUUUUGUAGUCUGUUCUGCAUGUUAAUAUCAGAUCCUCUUAAGUGAAAUGGUCAAUAUUUUUUCUUGUGAGGUGCGUCCUUUUUUGCGGUCUUAUAUGUAAAAAUGGGUCAAAAAGCUUGAAUUGGUCCAGACAUUUUUUUUCCACAUAUGACUGAUACUAGUGAUGAAAUAGUUCCUUUUGAUAUUUAUUAAUUUCCAUAUUUUCUUGCGUUAUCCAAUGCGCUGGGUGUCAAACCCAGCAUUUCUAAAUCAAAUGCGCUGCUGCUUACCGCGGUCUAGAUUGCGGUGUUUAUGUCUGACACACCUUUUCCUAUUAAUGUGCUUUACUGGGGGGCGCUUUGAGUGAGCGUCUGUUUGUUUUUUCACCUCAGGGCCCCACGGCCGCACGCCGCCUGUCGUCAGCGCGUUGGUGGUUUCCACAUUCCGGGAACGUUGAGGUCUCUCCACAUGCUGGUUUCUAUAGCUGUGACCUUUUUCGUCUCCUUACUGUGUGAAACCGAACCCUCCGUGUUGGUGGACAACUGCACUAGUAAAUGUUUGUGCCAGCAGUUUGUGCCAGCAGGGGGCAGUAUGUGAAUACAGACUCCCAGUCACAGGGCAGUUUAGUAACAUGACCACCAUUAGAGGAAAGGCCUUUGGAUGGGUUAUUUUUUUUUUUGUUGAGUGUUUAAGUUGUUCAAUGGUUGUGGGUUUGUGAUGAACAAUUUGGUCAUAGUUAGUGGGUCGUUUAUUUAUCAGUCUGCUUCAAGACCUGUAGGGUGUUCAUUUAUUUACAAGCAGCGCUUGUAUGAACAAACUUGUUUUAUAUUUUGUAGGAUGUGACAGUGGAUCUGUAACACGUUAUUUUAAAAUUAUCAACAAUAAAAAAAUAUACCGACUCA